GUUACAUUUCGUCGAUAUGGUUGGCUACUCACAGGUGUAAAAAUGGCCUAUAAAACGUUAGUUAGUUUACCGUAAACGAUGUUUUAAGUAACAUAAUAUGCAAAAGGCUCACCAAAGCAGUUUGAGUACAGUUUAACAUGCAGAGAAGUACUGUUGAUUCAGCAACUGGUGAACUAGUUCACCAGAAUAAAAAGCUUUUUAUUCUUUUCGAUCUGGAAUCAGAAUGAGCGCUAGCCAAUCCAUAUAAAAUGUUGAAUAAAGCAUGCGGGAGCAGAAUAUUACCAUGGAAUGAAUCAGUAUGAUCUGAGAUGUAGCUGUCAGCAUGUUUUCGUUAUUUCCUUGAUGUCCAGGUUUUUUGGCGCUGUGUAUGCAGUGAUUUGGAUUUGGACAUACUCCGCAGAGUGCCGUCGUGAUCAUAGGAAGUAUAAAUAUGCUUUAAAUGCAUUACUUUGUUGGCUCCUACCUCCACUGAGUGUUUACAACAGCAGCUGUGGAUUUAUGUAUUUCCUUGCCUCUGUACAGUGGAUAAAAUAUCGCCGCAUUCUUUUUGGAAAGGAGACCAGUUGGUGGAUUAUAAAUGAUGUCCAAGUAACACAUAUUUCCAUGUGGUAUUGCAUUAUUUUUGCAGGUUAUGUCGAGAAUUGGGGACGGAUGCGCUUUGGUGUUAUUGGAGAACCACUCACUCAGGAGUUCACUAAUGAUCUGGGGAUCAUCAUAAAUUAUACCUUCAUGUUCCAAGUAGCUAAUACUGUUGUCUUCACCCCUCUUUGGUAGUUUUUGCAAGAUCUUGGAGAGUUCCUGAGUUUUAGAGGUGCCCUCUAGGACUUUAUUUUCCUCGAGUUGUGCCUUCAUUUUAUACCUCUCCUCAAGAUUUUUAAAUGUUUCAUGUAUCUGGUGUAAUGCACUAAAUUCUUUGUAUAAAUAAAAUUUCCU